AUGAGUCGCACAGAGGCUGAUCUGGCGAUAAACAUUCGCAAGGCCACAAGCAUCGAGGAAACCGCGCCUAAACGAAAACAUGUUCGAAGCUGCAUUGUGUAUACGUGGGACCACAAGUCAUCUGCGGCCUUUUGGGCCGGUAUGAAAGUCCAACCGGUCCUCGCCGACGAAGUUCAAACGUUCAAAGCUCUCAUCACGAUACAUAAGGUCUUGCAGGAGGGACAUCCAAUAGUAAUUCGUGAAGCACAGCAGCACGCCAACUGGAUUGAUAGCUUGAUGAGGGGUGUUGGAGGAGAGGGCAUUCGAGGCUAUGGCCCCCUAAUCAGGGAAUAUGUUUUCUACUUGGAGUCUAAGUUGGCUUUCCACCGCAAUCAUCCCGAGUUCAACGGACUGUUUGAGUACGAGGAAUAUAUCAGUCUGAAAACGAUCAAUGAUCCAAAUGAAGGCUAUGAGACCAUAACCGAUCUGAUGGGUCUGCAAGAUCAAAUCGAUGCUUUCCAGAAACUCAUUUUCUCACAUUUCCAGUCCGGGAACCAUAACGAAUGUCGGAUCUCUGCGUUGGUUCCUCUUGUGCAGGAAAGUUACGGGAUCUAUAAGUUCAUCACCAGCAUGUUGCGGGCGAUGCACACGGCAACGGGUGAUGUCGACGCACUAUCACCUCUGCAUGGUCGUUAUGAUGCGCAGCAUCACCGACUGGUUCGAUUUUACUACGAAUGCUCGAACCUACGAUAUCUAACCAGCCUAAUCACUAUCCCAAAACUCCCACAGGACUCACCAAAUCUACUAGGGGAUGAAGAAGAACGGCCAGCCUUGCCAAAGCGACCGACCAAGGACGUUGAGGCGGUACCGUCCCCUCCGCCAAAACCUGCGGCUGCUGAGCCGGAGCCAAUAAAUGAUUUUUGGAGCACGGAAGCCCGACGUCAACAGGAAGAAUUUGAAGCAGAGCAGCAGCGUCUACAGCAGCAGUGGGAGGAUCAGCAACGCCAGCAAUUGCUCGCCCAACAGCAAGCCCAGCGCGAAUUUGAGGAACAACAACGUUUACAGGCGGAGCAACAGCGGCUUGCUCAGGAACAACUUAUGCGUGAACAAUAUCAGAGUCAAACGCAAGGCCGCCUGGCUGAAUUGGAGCGGGAGAACCUGAAUGCUCGUGCGCAAUAUGAGCGGGACCAGCUGAUGCUCCAGCAAUACGACCGCCGUGUAAAAGAUUUGGAGGAACAAAUGAGUCAACUGACGUCGAAUUUGAACAUGCAGAAUGCCUCCAAGGAUGAGCAAAUCAGAUCUCUCCAGGAGCAGGUCAAUACAUGGAGGAGCAAGUAUGAAGCUUUGGCAAAGCUGUAUUCUCAGCUUCGCCAGGAGCAUUUAGAUCUGCUCCAAACAACAAAGAGCCUCAAACUCAAGGCAGCCUCUGCCCAGGAAGCCAUAGAGCGACGAGAGAAGUUAGAGCGUGAACUUAAGACAAAGAACCUUGAGUUGGCUGACAUGAUUCGGGAGCGGGAUCGUGCUUUACAUGACAAGGACCGUCUAACUGGAAGCAACAAGGAUGAGCUCGAGAAAGUCAAACGGGAACUACGCUUUGCUCUGGAGCGCGCAGAGAACGCGGAACGCCAAAAGGGCACUGAAAUCUCCUCUUUGCUAUCGAAGUAUAACAGGGAAAUGGCUGAUCUAGAGGAGGCGCUAAGAAAUAAAACGCGUGCCUUGGAGGAAUAUAGCGAGAAUAACGAGAUGAGAAAUGGCGACCACGAACUCGCGCUCCAGGAAAAGGAAACGGAACUUGAAGCCAUGCAGGCUGCCAUGGACGAAGCCCUUCUAGAGCUUGAGGAGCUGAAGCUGAACCAAGGCGACGCCGACAAAGCGCUGGAUACUCAGAUUGACCAUGUUUUACAUGGCACAGUCUCGAAGAUCAACGAUAUCAUUGAUUCUGUGCUCCAGACUGGUGUGCAGCGCGUUGAUGACGCACUCUAUGAGCUAGACUCUACCAUGCAAGCCGGUAACCAGAAUGCGUCGCCACCUUACGUACUCUCGCAAAUCGAGAAAGCAUCUGCAUCUGCAACAGAAUUCUCUACUGCAUUUAACAACUACAUCAGUGACGGACCGAAUAGCCCCCAUGCUGAGAUUAUCCGCACAGUGUCUAAUUUCUCCGGGGCCAUCGCCGAUGUCCUUAGCAACACAAAGGGUUUGACUCGUUUUGCUAACGACGAUAAGAGCGCUGACCAGCUGACAAGCGCUGCCCGCAAGUCCGCACAGGGAACCGUUCGUUUCUUCCGAGGUCUCCAAUCCUUUCGUCUUGAAGGCUUAGAAGCCUCAAACAAGGUUGGUGUCGUCAUCAACAACAAUUCUGAGGUGCAGAGAGACCUUCAAGCCCUGUCGAAGCUCGUUGAUGCGUUCGCACCAAAGGGUAGUCGACUCCAGACUAACGGAGACCUGGGCGACUUGGUGGACCAAGAACUUACGAAGGCAGCUGAUGCCAUUGAUGCUGCUGUCCAACGACUCACCAAACUAAAGAACAAGCCCCGUGACGGCUUCUCUACCUAUGAAUUGAAAAUCAACGACGCGAUCUUGGAGGCUGCGAUUGCAGUGACUGGUGCAAUUGCAGAACUCAUCAAGGCUGCCACCGCCUCUCAGCAGGAGAUUGUUCGCGAAGGGCGUGGUAGUUCUUCCAAAACGGCAUUUUACAAAAAGAAUAAUAGGUGGACAGAGGGUCUCAUCUCUGCUGCCAAGGCCGUUGCCUCCUCGACAAACACAUUGAUUGAGACUGCAGACGGCGUGAUUUCCGGCCGCAACUCUCCCGAACAGCUUAUCGUCGCCAGCAAUGAUGUUGCUGCUAGCACGGCUCAAUUGGUUGCUGCCAGUCGUGUAAAGGCCACCUUCAUGAGCAAAACUCAAGAUCGACUGGAGACAGCUAGCAAAGCUGUCGGUGCAGCCUGUAGGGCUCUGGUACGACAAGUCCAGGAAAUCAUCGCUGAGAAGAACCACGACGAGAAUGAGACAAUGGAUUACUCCAAGCUCAGUUCGCACGAGUUUAAAGUACAGGAGAUGGAACAACAGGUCGAAAUUCUUCAACUCGAAAAUGCGCUUGCCCGCGCCCGAACUCGCCUAGGAGAAAUGCGCAAGAUUUCAUAUCAGGAGGAUUGA